UAAGGAGAUUCGGAGGACAGCGAGCUGCUGGGAAGGACUGCACCCAGAGGAAUUGCAGGUUCCGAUCUUUGGGUACUCCGGGAGCUGCUCUCCAGCCCCUGCUUCUGGACCUAUGGAUUCUCCAUCUAGCGUUUCUUCCUGUUCCUCCUAUUCUCUCUCUUCCUCUUUUUCCACCUCCCCAUUGAAUAGUGACUUUGGCUACCCCUCCGAUAGUGAGAGGGAGGACAAGGGAGCCCCUGGGCCCAGGCCAGACACUGCUGGGCAGAGAGGAGGUUUGCGGCCCAGCCCAGGUCCUAUCCGCUGCAGGCAUCGAUCCAAGGUUUCCAGUAACCAACAUACAGCAUCUCGCCCGGAACAACGAGGCUUGACUUCUCCUAUGGCAGGAUCUGGGGUCAGAAGAUCAAGAGAUGGUGAAUUGGAGACCAGUGUAAACAUCCAGGGUUGUACCACAGAAGGAGACCUGCUAUUUGCUCAGAAGUGUAAAGAACUCCAAGGAUUUAUACCCCCUCUCACAGACCUACUGAAUGGGCUGAAGAUGGGUCGUUUUGAGAGAGGACUAAGCAGUUUCCAGCAGAGUGUGGCAAUGGACAGGAUUCAGCGUAUUGUAGGUGUUUUGCAGAAGCCACAGAUGGGGGAACGUUAUCUAGGAACCCUGCUACAGGUAGAAGGGAUGUUAAAGACUUGGUUUCCCCAUAUAACUGCCCAGAAGUCACCAUUGGAUGGUAGCAGGCAUCAGCUGACCAAGCAUUUUCCAAGCCACCACAGUGAUUCAGCUGCUGCCUCUCCUGCACCUCCUGUGGAAAAGAUAGACCAGGCACAUCUAGGACAUCUAGUUUUGAAACCAAAGCAGCCUUGGCAUCUCACAGAAUGGCCAGCUAUGAACCUCACCUGGAUCCAUACCACUCCAAUUUGCAACCCCCCUCUCAGUUCCCCAGCUACCAUCUCCUUCAGCCAUGGUCCUUUAGGCGCUGGUACCAGCAUUGGUGUCAUCCUCUUCCUCCAGCAUGGAGUGCAGCAGCCCUUCACCCACUCUGCCCCAAGCACUCCAGUUCCACCUACCACAGCAUCCCCUGUCAUCCCUGGUGAUCCUAUGAAACUAUCUGGAGAGGGGCCUCGUUGCUACAGUUUGCCAGUAACUUUGCCAUCAGACUGGAGCCACACCCUGUCUCCUUCCAGCUUACCCACCCUGGCCAGAGAGAUGACUGUAGGACACCUAGAGCAGAUGAGAAGCCAUCCUCCAGUUGCUCCUGAUGCUCACCUUCUUAACCCCUAACCCAGGGCAUGUGACUGUCCUCUCUGGUUUCUCAUUUGUGUAAAUAUGUAUGUAUAUGUUUUUACUUCUAAUGUGUGUAUUUGCAUUGAGGGACGAUAAAUCCUUUCUGAUUAAAGACGUUUUUUACCUAAACA